AUGCAAGGUCGUAUCCUUCUCGUUUUUUUAUUGUCUACAACUUUUACGGAAGGCUUCUUGUUUAGUUCAUCACCAAAAUGCCAAAUAAAAAAAUAUAAAUCGAAUACGUACAUAACAGGCGAUCCUUUAUUAAUUCAUGAAGAUUUUCAUGAACGUGUUAAACCUUUAGAAAAUCUUGCAAAAACUUGUCAAGUACGUUUAUAUAUUAGAGGAUCUUAUUAUCAAUUACCAAAUCCAGCCGAUCAAGUUUUAGUUUCGGAUGCUGAUAUAGUCAUUGGUCAUGGUUUUCAAUUUGAAAUUCGAGAUGAAAAUAAUGCAAUUUUAUGUAAUAAAAUGUGUCUUUCGAAAAAUCCAACUGUAUUUGCUGCAUAUGUUCCAUCACUAAUAGUAUCUGUA